CUCCCUCCCUCCAUCCCUCCAUCCCUCCCUCUCUCCCUCCUUCCCUAUCUCUCUUUCACACGCACCCACUCCUCAGCGGUUGAGUCCCGACCGGUCCAGUCCGGCGGCAGCAGCAGCAGCAGGACAAGCGGGAAAGCCGACGACGAGAUGCGGGCGCCUCUGCUGCUGUUGGCCGCGCUGUGCUCUCUGCGGGCCGGCGUGGCCUCCGAGCCGGUGACGCUGCUGGCGGAGGCCGACGACGCGAGCCCCACAGCCGCCGCCGCCGCCGCCGCCGCCGCUCCGGAGGAGUCGGCUUUGCUCCGACCCAAGGUCCUGAUCGCCAUCGUGGCUCGGAACGCGGCGCACAGCCUGGCUCACCACCUGGGCUGCAUCGAGAGGCUCGACUACCCCAAGGAGCGCAUCGCCAUCUGGGCCGCCAGCGACCACAACGUGGACAACACCACGGCCAUGUUGCGAGAGUGGCUGAAGAAUGCGCAGCGUGUCUACCAUUACGUGGAGUGGCGGCCCAUGGAGGAGCCCAGGUCCUACGCCGACGAGUGGGGUCCCAAGCACUGGCCCGCGUCCCGCUUCAUGCACGUGAUGAAGCUGAGGCAGGCGGCGCUCAAGGCCGCCAGGCAGCGGUGGGCCGACUUCAUUUUGUUUGUCGACAGCGACAACCUCCUGACCAACCCCCGAGUGCUGGACCUGCUCAUUGCCGAGAACCUGACGGUGGCCGCCCCCAUGUUGGAGUCCCGCUCUUUGUACUCCAACUUCUGGUGCGGCAUGACUCCGCAGGGCUACUACAAGAGAACGCCGGACUACCAGCCGAUCAGGGAGUGGAAGCGCCUGGGCUGCUUCCCGGUUCCCAUGGUGCACAGCACCUUCCUGUUGGACCUGAGACGGGAGGCCAGCCGGGAUCUGGCCUUCUACCCGCCUCACCCCGACUACAGCUGGGCCUUCGAUGACAUCAUGGUUUUCGCGUUCUCCGCGCGGCAAGCGGGCGUCCAGCUGCACGUGUGCAACCGAGAGCACUACGGCUUCCUUCCCGUCCCCCUCAAGUCGCACCAGAGUGUGGAAGACGAGCGCGAGAGUUUCAUCCACACCGCGACGGAGGCCUUGAUCGACCACAAUAUUGACCCCUCCGAGCACCUGUACGCGCCACCGUCAGCGCAGGACACCAUAGGUUUGGACGACAUCUUCCUGAUAAACCUGAAGCGGCGGCUGGACAGAAGAAGCCGGAUGCUGAAAACAAUGUCGGCGCUGGGCCUGCGCGCCACGCUCGCACCGGCCGUGGACGGCAAAGCUCUAAAUACAUCCCAGCUGCAGGCGCUGGGAAUAGAAAUGAUGCCCGGCUACAAGGACCCGUACUCGGGCCGGGUCUUGACCAGAGGCGAGAUCGGCUGCUUCCUUAGCCAUCACUCAAUAUGGAGCCAGGUGGUGGAGCGGGGCCUUCAGAAAGUCCUCGUUCUAGAGGACGACGUCAGGUUCGAGCCCCGCUUCAAACGGCGUCUGCAGGCCAUCUUGGAGGACGUGGACAAAGCCCAGCUGGACUGGGACCUCAUCUACGUGGGGCGGAAGCGGAUGCAAGUGCAGCAGCCCGAGCGCUCGGUGGACGGCGUCAACAACCUGGUGGAGGCCGACUACUCGUACUGGACGCUGGGCUACGUGCUGUCGCUGCAGGGAGCCACCAAGCUGCUGGACGCCGAACCCUUCGCCAAGAUGCUGCCCGUCGACGAGUUCCUGCCCGUCAUGUUCAACAAACACCCAAACGCGGAGUACAUGUCUCACUACGAGCCGCGAGACCUUCGGGCCUUCUCGGUGGAGCCGCUGCUCAUCUACCCCACGCACUACACGGGCGAGCCGGGCUACAUCAGCGACACCGAGACCUCCACCAUCUGGGACGACGAGGCCGUGGCCACCGACUGGGACCGGCAGCAGGCCCGCAAGACCGCUCAGCAGGGUCGCAUCCGGAGCGUGGCCCAGAACAGCGUCACGGGGGACUCGCCGCCACCCGCCGCCAGGGCCUCGCGAGACGAACUCUGAAUUUGGAUUUUGUCGUUUACGUCAAUUAUGCUGUGCGCGCACGUGUGCGUUUUGGAAACGUCUUUAAAAGACACUUGAAGCGGAGAUACUGUAUGUGCACCUGAACGCGGGUUGGCAAGACCAGGAAGUGCCUUAAUUUAUUGUCGUUUCGUACUGCCCUGUUCCCUCCAAUCGUGGCCGUGAUCCAGUCAAGACAACAAAACUAAACGGCGGCCUCGGAGAGACGCCUCCUUUUUACUCACUGGGGGGAAAAAAAACAAGUAACAAUAAGGACUUGGAAGAGUUCACUGUAGAGUGCGUUUUGUACUCGGUUGCUCACCAAAACAGCAGCACCUAAAUAGUUUUUCCAUGGAGUUGCAAUCUCCGGUUCUUUUCUUUUCUGUUUUGUUUUGUUUUGUUUGAUAGCGGCUCCCCCAACAACUCUGUUCUCGGGAGUUUCACCUCAUCUUUAUCUUUUACUCAAAAGCGGUGCCGAUGUGAAAUUCAAAGCAGCGCGACGUUGCCGGCGAAAAUAACUUUUUAGUCAAUGCCGUGGUUCAUAGACCUGAAAUUAACAGAUAUUCUCGGUGAGGGCGGCACGGUCAAGCGUUGGCCUCACAGUUCUGAGGACCCGGGUUCAAUCCCGGGCCCCACCUGUGUGUAGUUUACAUGUUCUCCUCGUGCCUACGUGGGUUUUCUCCGUUGACAGCUGGGAUAGGCUCCAACACUCCCUUCGAACAUUGUGAGGAUAAUCGGCAAAGAAAAUAGAUCUUCCACACCGACCCAGUGAAAAACCACCGUAGAUACGUUGUUGGCGGUGAAUGAUUGAAUUUCCACCACAUGUGAUUGAGUAAUGAAAAAGCCCCACCGUUGGUGGGACUCCGGUGUUCAAAUCAUCCAUUUUCUUUGCCGCAUAUCCUCAUGAAUGUCGCGGGGAGUGCUGGAGCCUAUCCCAGCUGGAGGCGGGGGACACCCUGAACUGGUCGCCAGCCAAUCGCAGAGCACAUAGAAUCAAACAGCUUCACUCGCAAUCACACCUAGGGGCAAUUUAGAGUGUCCAAUUAAUGUCGCAUGUUUUUGGGAUGUGGGAGGAAAUUGGUGUGCCCGGUGGAAACCCACGCAGGCACGAGGAGAACACGUAAACUUCACACAGGCAGGUCCGGGAUUGAACCCAGGCCCUCAGAACUGCGAGGCCAACGCCGCGUUCAAACCAGACAUCUGUUUUUUAAAAUGUUCCGUUGACUGGAGGACAGACUCGGUUUCAAAGAGUUGUUGACUUGGUCUGUCAAAGAAGCAAAAGUGUGUCAGCGUCAUUGUUAUUGUUAUUAUUUUUUUUGCAAGCUGCUGUGCACAUGGAUGAAGUGGCGUAUUUGAAGUGUCACAUGACCACACGCAAAACGCUGCCCUUCCCCGCCGAAAGCAAGCGCCGCAGCGGGCCGGUCCUGCUCGUUGGCAGAACCUCGCCGACGCAGCCGGCAUGCAGCCAAAAAACUCUGAUUGCAAUUUUUCAUAUGGACACGCCGAUGUUUUAUUUCUUCUUUCCAUGUGCAGGCUGAUUUAAACACACUUCCGCUGUUGAUGAAACAAUUAAACGACUUCCUCGUGUACGCGUCGUCAAUCAUUCUUAAAACGAAAAUGCAGGCAAGAAAGGGAGUUUAAUUUAAAAACAAAAAAACAAAUGAACGCUUUUUGUCAUAUUUGUUAAUAUCUGUCACGAUGACCCAACAGUAGGAUAUGAUUAAAACGGGGAGAACAUGCAGACUCCGGGAUUUGAACCCCACCUCUCAUGUCAUGUCAGGGGCUCCUGAUCUACAAUUUUUUAAAUAAAAAAAAAAAAAAACAACAACAUAUGU